CGAGCGGCGGGGCGGCGGGCGGACGCCGGGCGGGGGCCCCGCGCGGGGCCAGGUGGAGAGCCGCGGGCCGCGAUGGGCCGCCGCCUGCCGGUGUGGCUGUGCGCCGUCGCGGCGCUGCUCUCGGGGGCGCAGGCCAAGGGCACCCCGCUCCUCGCGCGGCCCGCGCCGCCCGGUGCCCCCCGCUACAGCCUCUACACGACGGGAUGGCGCCCGCGGCUGCGCCCGGGGCCGCACAAGGCCCUCUGCGCCUACGUGGUGCACAGGAACGUGACCUGUAUCCUACAGGAGGGAGCAGACAGCUAUGUGAAGGCUGAGUACCGGCAGUGUGGAUGGGGGCCCAAGUGCCCCGGGACAGUCAUGUACCGCACAGUGCUCAGACCCAGAUACAAGGUCGGCUACAAGACAGUGACGGACCUCACCUGGCGGUGCUGCCCUGGCCUCACUGGAGAAGGCUGCCCCGAGCACCUCACCGACCAUGGGGCCUCCCCAGCCCAGCCAGAGCCUCAGCCUCAGAUUCCCUCGGGGCAGCUGGGCCCAGGGCCCCAGCCCCCUUCUUCUAGCAGAGCGGUCCCCAGCCCCUAUGGAAGAAAAGGUCCAGGGCUGUUUGGUGAGCGGCUAGAACGCCUGGAGGGUGAUGUCCAGCGCCUGGCACAAGCAUAUGGUACCCUCAGUGGCCUGGUGGCCAGCCAUGAAGACUCCAACAGGAUGACCAGUGGUCCCAGGGCUCCUGCCACCCCUGUGGGCUUCGGGAUCGUCUCUGAGGGGUUUGUGAAGCCCAGAGACAGAGCUGGAGGGCCACUCACACCCCCCCUGGAUGAGAUCUUGAGCAAGGUGACAGAGGUGAGCAACACGCUCCGGACCAAGGUGCAGCUGCUGGACGAGGUGCACGGGCUGGCCCUGGGUCACGAGGCUCACCUACAGCGGCUGCGGGAGGCCCCUCCGUCUCCACUCACCUCCCUGACGCUUCUGGAUGAGUACGUGGACCGACGGCUGCACCGACUCUGGGGCCUACUGGAUGGCUUCGAACAGAAGCUGCAAGGUGUCCAGAGUUCCUGCGACCUGCGGGUGCAGGAGGUGCGGCAGCAGUGUGAGGAGGGUCAGGCAGCCAGCCAGAGGCUGCACCAGAGCCUGGAUGGCCGGGAGCUGGCCCUGCGCCGGGAGCUGUCACAGCUCGGGUCGAGGCUGCAGGGGCUGAGCAUGGCCGGAGGGGGCGGCUGCUGCGGCCGGCUGGCUUUGAUCAGCGCCCGUGUGGACAACCUCGAGAGGAACCUACAGGCUGUCACUGAGGCCCAGAGGGGCCAUGGCCCCCUCACCAGGGAUGAGCUGGAGCGGCUCUCUGCUGCCAUGCUCGAGGGGGGUGCGGACCGGCUGCUGGAGGGCCUGGAGACCCUCAAUGGGACGGAAGGUGGAGCGAGAGGCUGCUGCCUGGGGGGGGAGGAGGGGGGAUGGGACGUGGGCAGCUUCAGGACCCUGCUGGAAGAGCGAGUGCAGAGCCUAGAGGAGCGCCUGGUGACGCUGGCUGGGGAGCUGGGCCAUGACAGCGACCCACCGGGCAGGUCGGCCCGGCCCCGGGUGCAGACGGAGCUGGCGGUGCUGGAACAGCGGCUGGUUUCACUGGAGUCCUCAUGCACUCCCAGCACCACCUCGGCCAUCCUGGACACCCUCGCGGCAGAGGUGAAGGCCUGGCAGAGCCGGAGCGAGGCCCUCCUACACCAGGUGGCCAGCCACGCGGCCCUGCUCCGGCAGCUCAACGGCACCGUGGCUGAGGUCCAGGAGCAGCUGGCAGAAGCAACGGGCAGCUCACUCCAAGGCGAGAUCACCCUGCUCAAGGUCAAUCUGAACUCUGUGAGCAAGUCGCUCACGGGCCUCAGCGACUCCGUCAGCCGGUAUUCCGAUGCCUUCCUGGAGGCCAACUCCUCCCUGGACGAGCGAGAGCGCAAGGUGGAGGCUGAGGUGCACGCCAUCCAGGAACAGGUCAGCAGCCAGGGCUCUCGGCUUCAGGCUGGCCACAGGCAGGUCCUGAGCCUGCGGGGGGAGCUGGAGCGACUCAAGGCCGGGGUGGCCGAUGUGGCGGGCGGGCUGAGCCGCUGCCAGCACACAGCCCAGGACCUGCGGCACGUGCUGGGCCGCUUCGACCAGAGGGUGGCGCAGGUGGAGGGUGCCUGCGGGAGGCUGGGCCUGCUGGCUGCCCACAGGGAGGGCCUGUGGGGCUACGUGGACCAGCUGAAUCGCACACUGGCUCAGCAUGCGCAGGACAUCGCCCGCCUCCGGGAUGACCUCCUGUACUGCCGGGCCCAGCUGGCCGAGCAGGCGCGGCCCCGGCAAGCUGACUAGGCAGGCCAGACAGGACCCGCCCCUGGACCCCGCUGACCCUGGGGAUGUCCCUCCAGAGCCCAGCCUUGCCCAGCAGUGCCUCCCAGCCCCCCCUGGCCAGCAUGGAUGCCACUUCAGAGGCCACAGAAGGAAUAGCCUUGGUCCAGCUCCAUAUGACUGUCCCAGCCACCAAAAUCCACACUCAGUGCUGUACCAACUGGACAAUUCAACAUCGUGGUCGAGGCAAGGACAUCAUGCCUGAAGGCCAGGGUGGACCUAAUUGACCUCACAAUCCAGUCUGCAAAUUGUCCCUCUUCAGACACACCAGGGUCAGCACCUGUACAAAGACCCGCAGGUCUGGUCACAGACAGUGACCUGUCCACAUCUCCCUUUGUCCCCAGGCCAUAGCCCCCAGCCUGUAGAGGCUUCUGGUUCCCUUGUCCCCUUGGCUUCUCUCCCUUGCUGUCUGGGCUCAGUUUCUGCAGGAAGAUGGUGCCCACUGGCACUGUCCUCACACCCGGCAGCUUCGUGGAUAUGGUUUCUGAAACCAAGGACCAGAGGUUUCCACCGGCCCUGAUCCUUGGGAGCAGAACAGAAACACAAAGACUCAGUUCUCUUUAUUUCUUUUGACCCUCCCCUCAGGUGAGGGCUUAGGCAGCUGUAGAUUCCCUGAGAAAAAGGACAGGGUCCAGGGUCUGUUUAGAGACCCCACCCCAAUUUAUCCUUUUCCUUUUCUUUCCCAAAAAUGCUUCAGGGCCUCUGGUCCCCACACCCUCCCCUCCUUUCCAUAUGGGAGAAUAUCCUGCCCACCCCCCACCCACCCAGGUUAGAGCCUCUCUUCAGAGAAUAGCCCUCAUAUAUGUCAUGGCCUGAAUGAGGCCAGACUCUGAACAGGAGGCCACAGGAGAGGAAGGCCUCCAAGCCCUGUUUCCAGCAUCCCGGCAAAACCCCAGCCUCUGCUGGAUGUUCACUAAAUGGUGAGAAAUUCAGGUACGACACCAUCACGGGACAACCUGAAAACACAGUGUUCAUCCAGCCUGCAGAGUUCCCAGAGACCCUGAUGCCCAUCUCUGCUGAGGUUCCUGGCCUCAGUUCUCCCACAGCAGCCCAGGGCUUUCUGUGCUGUGUUGCAGGUCCCUAUAGCCCUGCCUUCUGGUUUCUUCCUUCCACUGUGGUGCUGUUGGGGGGGGUGGGGCAGGCCUGGAUUAAAGCUUUUAACCCA